AUGUCUCAUCAGACAGGGAUAACAACUUCUCCAGUUUUGCAGAAUUUCUUUUUAAAAGCAAAGGAGGGAUCCCAGCGGGUGAUAAAAGUAGUCAUUGAAAAUGAACAACUAGUACUGUCAUCUACUGCCGAACCUGUUGAAUCAUGGGAAGAAGAUUAUGAUAAUGCUAUUUUGCCAUUGUUGAAAAGCAAUCAAGCAUGUUAUAUAUUAUAUCGACUUGAUACGACUAAUGUAUCUGGAUAUGAGUGGAUAUUUAUUCUUUAUGUGCCAGACGAUGCACCGGUGAGAGAGAAGAUGUUGUACUCCAGUACCAAAACCACUUUAAAACUACAGUUUGGUGGUGCUCAUAUCAAAGAAGAUAUAUUUGGAACAGCGCCAGAUAAUGUCUGCUAUAGAUAUUUUUUGGAAUGUUCAAAGUCACAAACAAUCAGACCACAUUCCAAAGAGGAGCUCGAUAAAGCAGAAGCAGAUGGUGAUAUUUCACUCAACUCAGAGAGUCAGACAGUGCAGGGCGUCUCUUUUCCAUUUUCAGAUGGUGCAUUGAAUAGUUUAAUGGAGUUUAGAAAUGGACAAAUUAACUAUUUACAGCUGAGUAUACACAUGCAGCAAGAAUGUAUUCAAUUAGAGCUUGGUAAAACUAUUAAUAUCACAGAUUUACCACAACUUACACCCAGUACAAAUGCUAGAUAUCAUGUGUUAUUAUUUAAACACACACAUGAAGGUGACUAUAUGGAGUCAGUAGUAUUCAUUUAUACAAUGCCAGGAUAUUCUUGUCCAAUAAAAGAAAGAAUGUUGUAUUCAAGUUGUAAAAGCUCUGUUGCUGAAGUUAUUGAACAAAGACUUGGUACCAAAAUUGUUAAAAAGAUAGAGGUUGAUGAUCCCAGUGAUUUAACAGAGGAAUUUAUCUAUGAAGAAUUGCACCCUAAAGUGAUGAUUGUUAAACCAAAAUUUGCCAAGCCCAAAGGACCAGGUGGGAGGGGACCACGGAGAAUAACUAAGGGAAAAUGUUAG